GCAGAGCAGACGCCGGCUGCCCGUCGAGUGCAUCGCGAAUGCUUCGCCCUCGCGCUUCGUGCCGCAUAUGGUCUCGCACUCUGACGAAUUAGCAAAACCGGCAUGAGGCCAUAAUAAGACGCGUUCAUUUACUAAACCUUGGUGAAUAUUAGUGAAUCUUGCAAUAUAGAACUGUCCUGGCAGAAAACUACGCGAAACGUGUGAAUACCGGUGAAUAAAAGCGUGGUUUGUCGGCGUGCCACAUGUAAACAACGAUGGAACAACGGCGAUAAACAAACGUCGAACGUUUAUGGUGACUUUUUUCUUUGAACAGUGUGUUAUUUGCUGAAAUGAGCGGAAACAUGUGUGGAUUAGUUCAUCGCGCUUUCGGCGUAUUCCUAGCGAUUGCGUUGGUUGGCGGCACGACGGCGCAGGAUGAAAUUUAUUUCUCCCAGUCGCCGAAGGACGCCAAAGUCGUGACGGGGAAAUCUAUUACUCUGCCGUGCGAAGUGACACCUAAUCAUGGUGUCUCCUACUAUUGGGAAUUGAAUGGAUCAAGAAUUUUUAAUACUACACGACGAUAUCAACAAGGGUCUAAUUUGCACAUCACGCGAGUUGAUCGUGAACGAGAUUCCGGUCAUUUUACGUGUAUUGCAAAAGAUCUCAAAGGAUUAUCCAUCACUAGUUCUUCUGCAUCACUAAACAUCGAAUGAUCCGACCCCACGCUGGCCUCGAGAAUCUGUCAAAAGCUGGGAAAUAAUAUCGAACCGACGAACCGGUAAAUCAUCUUCUGAUUCGACCGUCGCGACGGUUACUUAUAAUCUUUUUUUAGCAGGGCCGUAAUAAUUUUUAGCCUAUAAAAAUAUAAAUUAGUAAUUUUUAAUUAGAUUUAAAAAAAAUUGAUAAUAUUAAAAAAAAGAUUUUUUAAACUUUUGUUUAAUUUGUUUUAAAUACGUCUCUGUUUGUGAACUGCUCUGAUGCGAAUAGAUUCGUCCGAAUCGUCUCUAGCCGAUAAAACAUGGUUGGAAAAAUAGAGCUUUUCUUAGAUGCCCGCAACUUACGAUAUUAAUUUGUUGAGCAUCGUCGAGGUUAUUUUUUACCUGCGUGUAGUAUCCCACUGAACGCCAC